AUGUUGAGAUUCAGCGUGUAUUUCUGCAUGCUGUGGUUGCUUUUUGCAGACACCGUCUCCUACGAGGAUAUCAGUGGAUGUGAACAGCAGCCAUGCCAAAACGGUGGUGUAUGUGAGAGCCACAAUGGAGGAUUCAGAUGCCUUUGCGCCUCUCAGAGCCAAAACGGGCAGCUGUAUGGUGGACAGAAUUGCACAGUUGCACUUACAGGCUGUAAUGAGAACCAGUGUGAGAAUGGAGGAGUGUGUUCUCCCUUAUUUGUGAACGAUCACCACAGUUACACAUGCAUCUGCCCUCCUGGCUUCACGAGCCCUAAAUGCCAGACUCCCACUGUUUUCUCAUUUGAGUCCAGAGGCUAUAUGUACAUACAGACGCCGCUCCUAGACCAAGAAGCUCCUCUUAACGUCACCUUCAGCUUCAGGACGGAACAACUGUUUGGCACCCUCUUACAACGCAGGGUGGACGAUCUGCUCUUCAGCAUCGAGCUGAUGCAUGGGCAUCUCUGCCUCCUCAGCCUGAGAGGCCAAGGCUCCAGCACAUUGGUUCAAGAGCUUCCAGGGUUUUUGUCUGACAACAAGUGGCACACAGUGGAAGCAUCUCUGGGUGGCGUGGUCAGUCUCAUCAGGCUGCUAUGCACUGAAGGAAGCUGCACCAGAGAGUCCAAUGCUGAAGUCCAGCUGCUUGAACAGGCCUCCUCUCUCCCUGAGCCUGGAGCAGUUCGUCACAGCCUCUUCAUUGGAGCAAUCAGUGGGAACUGGACACUGGGCAGGGCAGUGGAGGAAGCAGACUACCCUCCUGCUUUUCUGGGCUGCUUCAGAGAUGUGUUUGUAGACUCACGGCUGUUAUUGCCGGUUAUAGCGCCAGAAGGUUCACGCAUCCAGGCGAACAUCACUGUGGGGUGCAGCGACAAAGACAAGUGUGACGACAGCCCGUGUCAGAACCGAGGCCGCUGUGUUAGCCAAGGCUGGAGGGGUUACCUUUGUGAGUGCCACAGGCCAUAUGAGGGAAACAACUGUGCAGAGGAGUACAUCACAGCCAGGUUUGGAAACAAAGACCUCGAGAGCUAUGCUGUGUUCUCAUUGGAUGAUGACCCAGGUGAUACUGUGAUCAUAUCCAUGUUCAUCCGCACCAGACAGUCCAGUGGUCUGCUCCUUAUCAUGACUAACAGCACAAGCCAGUACCUCCGCCUGUGGCUGGAAGCGGGUAUGAUCAAAGUUCAGGUCAACAACUUUGAGACCCUGGUCGGUCGGGCUGUGAUCAAUGACGGCCAUUUCCACCUGGUGACUCUGAAACUGGAAGGAGUGGUAGCCACCUUGUUCCAGUCAGCCCAAAGCCAGGGCUCUAUGCCCAUCAGGCUCAUCCAGGUCCAUCCUGGGGAUAUGGUUUAUGUCGGGGGGCUACCAGACUCAAGGGCCUCGGCUUCUUUUGGCGGGUACUUCAAGGGAUGCAUCCAGGAUCUGAGGAUUAACAACAAAAGACUGCAGUUCUAUCCAAUAUCAACUCUGGUAGAAUCGUACAACCUGGAACAACUCAUCAGCGUUGCAGAAGGAUGCAGCAGCGACAACGCCUGUGCUGUGAACCCCUGUCUUAACGGGGGAGUGUGUUACUCCAUGUGGGAUGAUUUCAUUUGCAACUGCCCCCCCAACACUGCAGGGCGGCGCUGUGAGGAGGUGAAAUGGUGCGAGCUGUCUCCCUGCCCAGCUGCUGCAAUGUGUCAGCCCCUCUCUCAGGGUUUUGAAUGCUUGUCUAAUGUGACAUUUCGGCUUGGAAGCAGCAUUCCACAGUACCGGAGCAAUGGAAAGAUUAAGCGCAGCCUGACCAGUGUCUCCCUCAGCUUCCGCUCAAGACGGCUUGCUGCCACAUUACUGCAUGCACACAAGGACUCAAACUACCUGACGGUCUCUCUCCUGAACUCUCAUGUGGUCAUGGAUCUCCAGGUUGGGGGUGACAAGGACAAUGUGUCUAUUCAAAGCCAGACUCAGUUCAGUGACGGAAAGUGGCACACUGUGAAGCUCAGCUUGGAAACCCAGGCAUCGACCUCCAGUUGGAUCAUGGUCGUGGAUGGAGGAAAGGAGGCCAUUAGCAUGUCCAAAACAGCUGUGGGUGACCUGGAGUUUCUCAGCAAGGAAGCGGACAUCUUCCUGGGUGGUCUAAGCCAGAAUGCUGGAGUGGAUCUGUCUGGCUGUCUGGGCCCUGUCGAGAUUGGGGGGCUUCUUCUCCCUUUCCACCCCGAUACAGAGCUGAACCUGCCCAGACCUCAGGAGGAGCAGUUUUUGAGGAUAAACAGCAAUGCGCCUCUGCUGUACGGCUGCUGGGGAGCCAGUGUUUGCACACCUAACCCUUGCAGGAACGAGGGUGUCUGCGAGGACCUGUUUGACCUGCAUCAGUGCACGUGUUCCUCCGAGUGGACGGGCCACCUGUGUCAAGACUCGACAGACCCCUGCAUCUCCGGGCCCUGUCUCUACGGCAACUGUGUCAGCCUACCUGGAGGGUAUAAGUGUGCGUGUGAGCAGGGGUACAGCGGCGAGCAAUGUGAGGUAGAAGUCGAUAUGUGUGAAAAAAGCAAUUGCAGCCACGGCGCCACGUGCCUCAAAGGCUUCCAGACGUACUCCUGUCUAUGCCCUCAAAAUAUGACUGGCCAGUACUGCGACGAGAAACUCCCUGAAAUCCCAUGGUACAUCGAGACCAAUCCACUUCCUCAGUUGCCUUUGUCUACAUGCACGGGUACACGCUGGAACUACAGCUGCUUUAAUGGAGGACACUGCUCCGAGGCUGAUGAUGCUUGUUACUGCCUGCCUGGCUUCGCGGGACAAUGGUGUGAGAAGGACUUGGAUGAAUGUGCCUCUGACCCGUGUAUGAACGGAGGUUUCUGUGUCAACUACGUGAACAGUUUUGAGUGCGUGUGCGACAUGAAUUACUCGGGGAUUCACUGCCAAAUAGACGUCAGCGACUUCUACUUGUACCUCUUCCUGGGCCUGUGGCAGAACCUCUUCCAGCUCGUGUCCUACCUCGUGAUUCGUCUCGACGACGAGCCAGAAAUUGAGUGGGGGUUCCAGAUCAACGAUUAG